UAUAAAUAAAACAAUUAAUUAAAAAAAAAAAUCAUAUUUCGACCGCAUGCGGUCGAAAUAAUUAAGUCAAAUCUGACUUAACUAUUUCGACCGCACGCGGUCGAAAUAAUAAACUUGUAAAAUUUAAUAUACUCCCCCAAACUUCAAUCGUCAAUUCUUAUUCCCAGCAACCAAAACCUAAUUAUAUUAAAACUCCCACCCCCACCGUACCCCUACCCAGUCGCCGACACUCCACCCCACCACACCCCUACCCCUCCCCGCCGCUAACGCCCUAUCCCCACCACUUCUUGUCCUCCGUCGCUGCCUUUGCUGUCCGCCGCCACUAAAGGUAAGUCAUUUUUUUCCAUUUUUUUUUCAAUCUCAUUUCUAUCAGGGGAUAUAUUGUAGCAGCUUUGUGCGAGAUCUGGCUUGCAUGUCAGGGGAUGAAAAGAAUCUCCCUUUUCAGAAAUUACAUUUGGCAAUGGUAAGACAACUACAUCCCUUAUUUUCAGGUGGAUUUUUUACUCUGUAAUACUGAUGUGGAUAACCUUUUUGAUUGUGCAAUUGUUAGGAGUACUACAUGUAUCUUUUGUUUCAGCAUCAUGAGAAUAUUGCUUAGAAUUGAAAAGGAAGAAAAUAGACCAAAUAUCUCAACAACGUUGAUUUCCUUUUUCCUUUUGAUAAAUGGAACGUAUUCAGAUAAAUCGAGAGCUUUGUUUAUUUCUUAUUGCACCGAGCAAAAUCUUAUUGGUGACCAGAUUCUUUUCCUUGGUGGAACCAUAAGUGCAUCUCAUUAUGCCUACUGUGAACUUCAUUUAACAAUUAUGAAAAAACCAACUUCUCGUAAAUAGGCAUUAAUCCCCUGUAAAUUAGAUAAAAAUCUAUGCUUGUCGCUGGUGGAAAUCAAAACCAUGACAUGUUGGUAUAAGGUCUCAACCUAACUACUUGGACUAAGCCUCAUUGUUUAUUAACAGGAGAAAUUUGUGUGUUUUUAUUCGAAAACUGAUGAUUCCAACUACAAUGAUGUUGGCAUUCUUAUUAUCGAUCUUCUUUUUAUAAAGUUUUGUUUCUUGUCCUCUAUGGUUAUAUUUGUCUAUAGUUUUACCUAACAACAUUUUACUUCAUUUGUAGGUGUAUCAUGUUCCUAUUGUCUGCUAUACAUUGUGGGUUGUUGUAUAGUCUGUAUGUACCUGACUGGAAAUUCAGUGUGUCACAGUCAACAUGGAGCACCAUUUAUGAGUUAGCCCCUUCAUGACCAAUAUUAUCUUUCACAUGAAUGCAAUGGAUCCAACAUGCCAUCUUGGUGUCAUGCCGCUUUUGAUCCUGAAGGCAUUUUAAGGAUGUGGGAGCAUCAAGAGCUACUGGAGGAGAAUACCCUGAGAGAGUCGGUCAAUUUGUUUGCCAGGGAUGUCGAGGGGGUUUACAUUUUAGCGAUGUACUUGUACUAAAUCUUGAGGCAAUGGCUUGGAGCAUCCUUGUCACAACAGGGCAAGGACCGGGGCCAAGAGAUAGCCACAAUGUUGUUCUUGUUGGCCACAGAAUGGUAGUAUUUGGGGGUACAAAUGACUUAAGGAAGCUGGAUGUUGUUGGACGAUCACCUGGUGCUCGAGCCGGUCAUGCCUCUGUGAAUUUUGGGUUGAAGGUAUAUGUGAUUGGUGGAGUUGGAGACAAGAAAUACUACAAUGAUGUUUGGGUUCUUGAUGUGAUAAAUUCAUCAUGGACGCAGCUUGAUGUAAUGGGCCAAAAACCACAGGGACGAUUUUCUCAUACUGCUGCUGCUCGGAACACAGAUAUUGUAAUCUAUGGAGGUUAUGGUGAGGAUGAGCGGCCACUUAAUGAGUUACUUAUCUUGCAGUUUGGAGUAGAAUAUCCUAAUGGGACUAGCACCUUUUCUGGUUGCAGAGCUACUGGAAAUACAAGUCAUUAUGAUAAGAAAAGGUUCCUGAGAGAAAAAGACAAUAGCUCGGUACAAUAGAUGAAACUUGGUUCUUUUUUCGUGAAUAUUAACAAUUUGAGAUUUAGGUCACAGCCCAGUAGAUGACGUAGGUCACAAGACAACAUAGUUCGUGCUCUUGUUGAUGAGGAUAGUGGGGCGGAAUUGGAUCAUGUCUCUAAUACCCAACGUUGACUUUUUUGAUUCAUAUACUUUUGGAUUGUAAUAUUGCUAUGUUUUCUUGGAUAUGUAAUUUUUUUUUAUGAUAGUACUAAUUCGAAUUA